AUGCUCGUGCUCGAGCAGAGACUAAGUGCGCGGCACCUGGGCCGUGGGGUUGUGCUCAGUGCUCGCUUUUUGCACGGCGUGGAGUGUGGCCCCAAGGCUGUAGCAAGCCCAAUAGUGGUCAACAAACCAGUUCUACCACACAACGCAAUUCUUGCCGCCAACAAUCAAAUGAAGCCGUCUUAUUGCCAAGAUAACGACGUGAAAGUGAACUCGCCUCCGUGCCACUCGCCCGGAGCCAUAUUGCCUGACCUACCGCAACCCGCUGAGGACCCGGAGAAGAGCUCCGGCCUAUCAAAGGAAGCCACCUCGUCUGAGACGCAGGCGUGGCUCGCGCGUCACCGCUUCGCGCAUCACGCCGCCACAUUCACCAACUUCUCCGGAGCUGAUCUGCUAAGGUUGUCCCGUGAUGAUAUAAUACAAAUCUGCGGUUUGGCAGACGGUAUUCGUCUAUUCAACGCUCUGCAUGCCAAACGCAUAGAACCUCGCCUGACAGUAUACGUAUGUGCUGCCGGUAGCAACAUCUACAGCGCACUAUAUCUUCACGCGUGUCGAGCCCAGGAGCUACUGCACAAGCUCAACUCGCUGCUGCAUGCUUCCAAGGAAUGCGAGUCAGUCCUGGUAUCAGGCCCGAACGGCGCUCGCGUCCGUCUGACGGACGAGCUCGUCCGUCACAUGCCUGACAACUCGACAUACCGUCUGGAGCGGCUGGACGACUGCGGCGCGUUGCUGCUCUGUGCUACUAAUAAUAAUUAAACUAAAUAUAUGUAUAUAAAGUGGUAAACUACUCGUCAAGUACUGGUAAAUAUAGGAUUUAAAAUUUUCACUAAAAUUUUGGUACAGGUAGUACUUCGUUCUUAGGUAUCACUAAAAUACACAUGUAUAAUUAUAAAAAUUAAUGUCACUUUUCGUUGUGAUUGUAUUACUCAAGAAUGGGCUCACCUAUACAAACUAAAGGCUUUGGACCGACUAUUUAGUAGAUGGUUUAUUUAUGUUACGGGUAGUCAGAAGCCAGUAAGUCUGACACCAGUCUAACCAAGGGGUAUGGGGUUGCCCGGGUAACUGGGUUGAGGGGUUAGAUAGGGCAGUCGCUCCUUGUAAAGCACUGGUACUCAGCUACAUCCAGUUAGACUGGAAGCCGACCCCAACGUAGUUUGGGAAAAAGGCUCGGAGGAUGAGGAUGAGGUUUAUUUAUGUAUAUAUAUUUAUCACCUUUUUUGCAACAAAAUGGUGGACUUUAUACGUAGUGAAGCGUACCGCUGGCCACUAUUUUGAUAAAUAUUUAAAAACUAUGUACCAACUAAUAUGAAUUUGUCUUGACGAGUAGUUUAAUCAGCCCUACAGUAUUCAACCGGCAAAACCAAAAGUCUUACAAAGCUGUUGAGACAAGAUUAUUUACCAAAUAAGUUUUCCUAUUUAGGAAUUUAAACUUGGACUUGAAAUGUGAACAAAAUGUGUGUUCAAAAGCAUUGUUAUAUGCUACUGUGUAUAUAAGUAUUUUUACCAUAAAAUGGUCAAUUUUUGUGUAUGCCAAUGCAAGGCCUUGCAGUGCCGAUAAGCAUUUAAUGUCGGACUCGACAUAAUAUUAAACCCUGAAUUGUGGGUUUUCUAUGAACUGAGUUUUCUUUUGAAAAUUAAACGUGUUGUAAAAACACAAGAUUGGACUGUGACUAUAUAUUUAAAAAUAUGUUGGAUAUAAUAUUAUCCAAUUAUAAUGAAACAAGCUAUUUUUUCAACCAUAUAGACGUCUAUUUACUACAACUUUUAUAAGUUAAAUGAAUAGACAUUUAUAAAGUAGUUAUACUACUCUUUACCCGACUACGGCGAAGCCUAAAGGGUACUGUUUUCAAGGAUUUGACAAUUCAAAAUCAUUUGUGUUAUCAAGUUUGUAGUCUAGAAAUUGGAAUGUGAACGAAAGUUUUUUCGAAAAACAGGGGCCAUGAAGUAUUCUUGUCAUUAAAAUCACCUCAUUCAUUAAUUUUACUCAAAAUAUUUUAGUUUUAAAUUUCUAUAUAACUGUAUGCUUAUAUGUGUAGAUUGUAAGAGAUUUUUGUGCAGUUUUCAAAUAAACUGUUUAGUUCUUUAAUUGCUAUGGUUUAAGUUAAUGUAUUUUUUUAUAAUAAUGUAAACUAAUACUUGAAAUUUUUAACAGGCUUUCAUAUUGUUUUUGUUCUGUAAUUCUGUAAAAUAGUAUUUUAUAGUUUCAAAUGAAACCUAGUGUGACAAGCAAGAGGUAUUGGGUUGUCCGGGUAACUGGGUUGAGGAGGCCAGAUAGGGCUCGGGCUCUAGUCGCUCUUUGUAAAACACUGGUACACCGCUGUAUCUGGUUAGACUGGAAGCCGACCCCAACAUAGUUGGGAAAAGGCUAGGCCUUUUCUUGGCAAUAAUAUGCGUGACUAAAUAAAUACAAUAAUAUUUUGAAUACAAUACCCAAGUACAAAUGUGACUAAAAAUCAAUUAGUUUACAUUAUUAUGAAGUUAAUUAUAUAUAAAAUGGUUAAGUUUUAUUCCGUAUUAUUAAAUAAUCGUGAAGAAUUGAUUGUUUUAGAAUAUCGAAGAUAGCCAUGGGUUAUGUGUUAAAGUUAAUAAUUGUUUGUUUAGAAUGAGCGAGACCUUUGAUAAAUGAAACAUUUUCAAAAAUAUAUCCGAAAGAAGUGAUUUGUGAUAUAUUAAAAAUGCUAUUGACAGCUUAUUGUUUUUAAUUUGUUCCAAAUUAUUCAGUUUAUUUGGAUUAUUAUUCAAUAUAUUGAAAAAAGGUCUCGCAAAAAUAUGGAUGUCGUGAAUAUAAAGGCAGCUACACACCAUCACUAAGUUAGUUAGCUUUAAUUCGGUUGUUAUGUAAUCACAGAUUAUAAUUGUUAUCUAAGAUUAUUUUACGCCUUGUGGCUUGCAUGUUAUAUUAUAAAUAAAUGAUAUUUUAUUUUCUAAAUAAGUUUCAAGUUUUUAUAUCAAGUAGCGGCAAAAAUUACCCUGAAAAUGGGUAAUUUCUCAAUAAAGUGUUUUACCCUGAAAUGGGUCUACGAUAUUUCAAUAGUAAAGAUACACUAUAAAUGUUUUAUGUACAGUAUAAAUAGUUAUUCACAUUGUUAAUUGGUGAAAAAACUUUUACCCAACUGCUGAGAAGGGUAUAUUUUUCUUUACAAAGGUGCCUUAAAUAGUGCCUACACGACCUCUGAGGUCCGCGCUGUUGUUUACGGAGUAUUAUCGAUAAAUAUUUUAUAAGAUUUUAUUACAAUAUUAAUUGAUUAGAUAAUACGUUGCAUGAUUUAGUUGUAGUCAAAUGUAUGAAGUAUAUAGUCAAUAAAUGUAUAAAGACGA